GGCGCGGUCUCCGUUGGUGCGCGGGUUGAUCUCCGCCUUGUUCUGUCGACCCCGUGUGCCCGUCACCUCCUCCAGUCGAUAGAUGUGCUCCAAGCACAGGCGCGGGUUGAAGGCGAAGUAGAUCUUGCCCACAGGAAUUGAAAACCUCGGCUACACCGUGGCACACCCAGACUGGCAGAUGGUGGGAAUGGCUUUCAAACCCAAGAAGUCUUGCUCUGCAGCUGAAAGGAUCAGAUGCUACAUUGAGAACCAGCGGUACCUGCAGCGCCUGGAGCCGAGUGACCUGCAGGGCCUGGGGGAGCUGAGGAACCUCACCAUCGUGAAGAGUGGCCUCAGCUUCGUGGCUCCAGAUGCCUUCCAUUUUACCCCUCGGCUGCGUCGCCUGAACCUCUCCUCCAAUGCACUGGAGUCCCUGUCCUGGAAAGCUGUGCAAGGCCUUUCCUUACAGGAGCUGGUGCUGUCGGGGAACCCUCUGCACUGUUCCUGUGCCCUGCUCUGGCUGCAGCGUUGGCAAGAGGAAGGACUGGGUGGCCUGCGCCAGCAGAAGCUGCCUUGUUUGGAGCAGGGGGCCCUGGCCCGCACCUCUAACACCAGUUGUGGCCUGCCCACACUGAGGAUCCUGAUGACUAACACCUCAGUGGACGUGGGCGAUGACGUGUGGCUGCAGUGCCAGGUGGAAGGGCAGGACCUGCAGCAGGCCGGCUGGACUGUGGCUGAGCUAGAGGAGUCAGCCAUUGUGAAGCAAUCUGGAGCUCUGCCGUCUUUGCAGCUGACCCUGGCCAAUGUCACCAGUGACCUCAACAGGAAGAACGUGACCUGCUGGGCAGAGAACGACGUGGGCCGGACUGAAGUCUCCGUCCAGGUCAACGUCUCCUUCCCGGCCAGCGUCCAGCUUCAUGACCCAGUGGAGCUGCAUCACUGGUGCAUCCCCUUCUCGGUGGAUGGGCAGCCGGCGCCCUCCCUGCACUGGCUCUUCAAUGGCUCAGUGCUAAAUGAGACUGGCUUCAUCUUCACCGAGUUCCUGGAGCCGGCUGCCAACGAGACUGUGCGGCACGGCUGCCUGCGCCUCAACCAGCCCACCCACGUCAACAACGGCAACUACACGCUGCUCGCUGCCAACCCCUCGGGCCACGCCGCUGCCUGGGUCCUGGCUGCCUUCAUGGACAACCCCUUCGAGUUCAACCCAGAGGACCCCAUCCCUGUGUCCUUCUCUCCAGUGGACACCAACAGCACAUCUGGAGACCCUGUAGAGAAGAAAGAUGAGACACCUUUUGGGGUCUCCGUGGCUGUGGGUCUGGCUGUCUUUGCCUGCCUCUUCCUGUCUUCUCUCUUCCUUGUGCUCAACAAAUGUGGGCGGAGGAACAAGUUUGGAAUCAACCGUCCUGCUGUGCUGGCCCCAGAGGAUGGACUGGCUAUGUCCUUGCACUUCAUGACAUUAGGGGGAAGCUCCUUGAGCCCCACUGAGGGCAAAGGUUCAGGACUCCAGGGCCACAUCAUCGAGAACCCACAGUACUUCAGUGAUGCCUGCGUUCAUCACAUCAAGCGCCGGGACAUCGUACUUAAGUGGGAGCUGGGCGAGGGAGCCUUUGGCAAGGUCUUCCUGGCUGAGUGCCACCACCUGCUACCCCAACAGGACAAGAUGCUGGUGGCUGUCAAGGCACUGAAGGAGGUGUCUGAGAGUGCGCGGCAGGACUUCCAACGGGAGGCCGAGCUGCUGACCAUGCUGCAGCACCAACACAUCGUCCGCUUUUUCGGUGUCUGCACUGAGGGCCGUCCACUGCUCAUGGUCUUCGAGUACAUGCGGCACGGUGACCUCAACCGCUUCCUUCGAUCCCACGGGCCUGACGCCAAGCUGCUGGCUGACCGGGAGGACGUCGCUCCGGGGCCCCUGGGCCUGGGACAGCUGCUGUCUGUGGCCAGCCAGGUGGCGGCGGGCAUGGUGUACCUGGCGGGGCUGCACUUUGUGCACCGAGACCUGGCCACGCGCAACUGCCUGGUGGGCCAGGGAUUGGUGGUGAAGAUCGGGGACUUCGGCAUGAGCAGGGACAUCUACAGCACCGACUACUACCGUGUGGGAGGCCGCACGAUGCUGCCCAUCCGUUGGAUGCCGCCGGAGAGCAUCCUCUACCGCAAGUUCACCACCGAGAGCGACGUGUGGAGCUUCGGCGUGGUGCUGUGGGAGAUCUUCACCUACGGCAAGCAGCCCUGGUACCAGCUCUCCAACACCGAGGCCAUCGAGUGCAUCACGCAGGGCCGGGAGCUGGAGCGGCCACGCGCCUGCCCCCCGGAGGUCUACGCCAUCAUGCGGGGCUGCUGGCAGCGGGAGCCUCAGCAACGCCACAACAUCAAGGACGUGCACGCCCGCCUGCAGGCUCUGGCCCGUGCGCCCCCAGUCUACCUGGACGUGCUGGGCUAGCCACGCCCUGCGUCCCAGGGGUCCCGCCCCGGGUGACCGCGCAGCACUAACUCGCCCUCAGCAUGCAGGAGGGGCCACGGGGCAGGGUGGGCGGGGCCUGCCUGCACCCCCAUAGCAAUUAUAUUUAUUAUCCCU